CUAGCAAACUCCGCGUGUGUCUUAGAGAAGGACUUAGGGGCCUGAUCAACCUCUAAUCGCUCCCCGUCACCGACCUAGACCUAGACGUAACCCGACAACUGCCGGCUCGACACAUUUGCAGACCGAAUGAACUUUGUAAUUUCUGCCCGACCCAAGUUUUGUUUACAACUGUAAUCGAAGCAAGCUUCUGGCCUGCACUGUACGAGCAGUGGGCAGCGGGGAUGGACAUCAGGCCCAACCACACCAUCUACAUUAACAACAUCAACGACAAGGUCAAGAAGGAAGAACUGAAGAGAUCCUUGUAUGCACUGUUCUCGCAGUUUGGUCAUGUCGUUGACAUUGUGGCUUUAAAAACUAUGAAAAUGAGAGGACAAGCUUUUGUUAUAUAUAAGGAACUUGGGUCAUCCACCAAUGCUUUGAGACAGUUGCAAGGUUUUCCAUUUUAUGGUAAACCUAUGCGGAUCCAAUAUGCAAAAACAGAUUCCGAUGUGAUCUCCAAAAUGCGUGGUACGUUUGCUGAUAAAGAAAAGAGGAAAGAGAAAAAGAAAGCCAAAUCCCUGGAACAAUCAGCUAAUGCAGCAAAUAAAAAGGUUGCUCAGGGAGCAACACAGAACUCAACAAAUGUCCAAGGGACUUCAUCACAGAACCAGCAGGUGCCUGAUAAUCCACCAAACUAUAUACUCUUCCUUAAUAACUUGCCCGAGGAGACAAAUGAGAUGAUGCUAUCCAUGCUGUUUAAUCAGUUUCCUGGCUUCAAAGAAGUACGCUUAGUGCCUGGGAGACAUGACAUUGCAUUUGUGGAGUUUGAAAAUGAGGGACAGGCCGGAGCUGCUCGUGAUGCUCUCCAGGGGUUCAAGAUCACUCCAUCCCAUGCCAUGAAAAUCACUUAUGCUAAGAAAUAACAUCAGUGGACAUUAUUUAAAAGGACUUUUAGGUUUUUGUUUUUUUUUUAGUAUCAUACCUUGUUUUUGCCCAACUAAAGUGUCUUUAUUUUUUUGAGGAAGAGUAAGGAGCCAUUUGUUGUAAAGCUACAAGUAAGAGAGCUGUCAAAUUUCUUUAUAUUUGAUAGUAACUUUUUGUGUGCUAAAAUUUUGUAAAAUAAAUGCAACUUUUAUUUGUGUUUAAGCUA